AUGGGAGGAACUGACGUUCCCAUUGGACCGGUUAUGAAGCGCACAAAAAUUUCCAUAACGAGAGAAAAACGUAUCCGAAACGAUGACCCCGAUGGCCCCAUCACGUUCGAUGACGAGGACAUAGAAGGCAUCGCCCAACCGCAUAAUGAUGCACUGGUAAUAUCUGUCCUUGUCAAUAAGUUUAGAAUUAAACGUGUGCUGAUUGACCCAGGUAGCUCGGCUAAUAUCAUCCGAUGGAGAGUCAUCGAACACCUGGGACUACUAGAUCAAAUCGUGUCGGCUAUACGGGUCCUCAAUGGAUUCAACAUGGCAUGCGAAACGACGAAGGGUGAGAUCACUAUACCGAUCCGUAUGGCAGGAGCGACGCAGCAGACGAAAUUUUAUGUGACAGAGAGAGAUAGGGGAUACAAUGCAUUGCUGGGCAGACCGUGGAUUCACCUCGUAAGAGCGGUUCCUUCGACUAUACAUCAGGUAUUGAAAUUUCUGACUUCAGAAGGUAUCAAAACCGUACGUGGUGAACAACAGGCCGCAAAAGAAAUGUUCACGGUUGAAGAAUCUGCUAAGACUAUAAAAGCGCCAGAUCAGAGUGAAGGGAAGAAUGCCAAAUAG